AUGUUAGCGUCAAACAGCUCCAGCGUGAAUGCGUCUUGUGAAGUUCAGGAUGGCUUCCUGGCUCACACCCUCCCCAUCACCUACGGCGUCAUCUGCGCCCUGGGGCUGUUAUGCAACACCUUCACCAUCUUCGUCUUCUUCCUGCGCCAACACUCGGACACCUCCAUGGCCGUUUACAUGAGACACCUGGCCAUCGCUGACUUUCUGCUGGUCUUGUGUCUUCCGUUGAGGAUCCACUACCAUCACAGAGAAGGUCCUUACUACCUUUGCAAGGCAGUGGGCGUGUUCUUCUACAUCAACAUGUACGCCAGCAUCAUGUUUCUCAGCCUGAUCAGUCUGGACCGGUACCUGAAGGUCAUCAAGCCCAUCUGGGUGUUCCGGAUCCAGAAGGUCCGCUGGAGCCGGAUGGCGAGCUACGCAAUCUGGGCUGCCCUGUUUGGAGUCAUGUCCCUGUUCUUCCUGGGCAAGGAACGCGAGCAUCCCUGCAACCGGAUCUGCUUCCACUUCCAUGACAAAGGGGUCCUGGGAGGAUCCAUCAACCUGGUGGCGGUGGGCGUCUUCUUCGCCUCGUUCCUCGUCUUCCUCUGUUUCUACGGGAAGAUCACGUUCCGACUCAGCGCCAUGUCGCUCGGGAAUGGCGAUCCCAAAGCCCAGGGCCGGAAAAAGAGGAUGGUUCUCAAAACCUUCCUGGUCCCUGCCAUCUUCACCCUGUGCUUCUUGCCGUAUCACGUCGUGCGUGUCCCGUACGUGCUGGCCCAGAUGGACGUGAUUACGGAGGUGGACAAGAAGCAGUUGCUCCACAUCCUUAACGAGUUUACGCUUCUCCUCUCCGCCCUGAACAGCUGCCUGGAUCCUCUCAUCUACUAUUUCCUGUCCAGCACGUACAGGAAGACUAUCCUGUGUGCCAUCCAGGGAAAGUUCAAAAGCAUGUACGCGUUAAAUCGCAGGCGUAUUAGCAUCAACCGUUCCCUGACAGAAAUCUAA